AUGAAUUUCCUGCGUAAUCGUCUCGUUAUGCUGGGCCUGAUGUUGUUGGCCACAUUACUGCUGUACCUGCUGCUGCCAUCCAUUCGCCAGGACAACAUGGAGCCAUCCAACGAAGCUCGAAUCGGGCCCCCGAUCCUCAAUGUGUCCAUUCGCACUGGACAGCUUCCCGGAGACCCCCCACUGUUCUUCCGAGAAGCUUUACCUGUGGAUCGGGAGGGGCAGCAGAUACUGCCAAAGCUGCAGAUGGUCCUUCUGCACGGCCAGGCUUUUACAUCCAAAACGUGGGAAGAACUGGGAACCAUGGCCGUGCUAGCAGCUAAUGGAUAUCAGGCCUUAGCUAUGGAUCUGCCAGGUUAUGGGAAAUCGCCAGACUCAGAGGCGCUAAAGACAGAGCAGAAUCGGGUAGACCUCAUCUCGCGGUUCAUGGAGUCGCUGGGUGUCAGGGCUGCUGUCCUUCUGAGUCCCUCGAUGAGCGGACAUUACUCCAUCCCUUUCCUCAUGAAGAACAGUGCUCAGCUGCGUGGCUACAUCCCUAUAGCACCAGUUGGUACCCGGAGCUACUCUGCUCAGCAUUACAAAAAAAUCCAGACUCCCACUCUAAUCGUUUUUGGCGCUUUGGACACAAAUCUGGGUGCCCAGUCUCACAAGAACCUCAUCCAGCUUCCCAAUCAUGAGGUGCUGAAAUUAGAAGGAGCUCGGCAUGCUUGUUACAUGGACAAACCCCAUGAAUUUCAUCGAGGUUUGAUCAAAUUCCUUGACAAACUCAAGCAAGAUAUAUAGCAGAGGAGGAAAAGGUGUUUAAAAAUGUGAACAAAAGAUGAGCAAGGAAUAGGAAAUCUGAUGCUUUGGAGAUGACAAAAGGUUUUAAGAUCUUUCUUUUUCCUAUCAACCCUUAGAAAGAGAAAAGGGACAUCGCAGGGGAUUUUGGGAGAUUAUAUCAGAUGUCAGUGUUAUGAAUGUAAUGGGAUUGUAAGUUAAAUGGCCCUGGAAAUAUGAGACCGGCUUAGCACAGCUUGUAAGUUUACUUCUGAAAAUAAUAAAACUAGCAACGUAUGUAGUUGGGUGUUUUACAUGUGUGUCUUGUCUCUGGUUGCUUUUAAAGACAUUUCAUGUGUUUGCUUAUAUGUUACUAUUUUAGCAGUUGGAUAACUAUAUAUGUAAAUGCUGCUCUUGCCUAUAUUUAAAAGAUUUUAUUGUACUUUGACAUACAGUACAUUAGAAAUUAACACUACUCUCAGCUAACUAAUAUAGUCAAAUUGGUUAAAGAAAGCCGGAAUGAUCGAAAUUAACAAAUUAAAAUAGUUUUAACAAAAAAAAACCGACUAGAGAAUUUAGAUAGACAUUUAGAUAUUGUUGAUAAAAUUCUAUCAAAUGUGGACAAUCAAGCAAAACAAAAAGAUAUUUAAAAAUAUAUAUUGAAGCUUCUUGAAAUAAAAAGUAACUGCAUUGUUGUUCUUUAUGCAAAAUAUUACGAAACACUAAAGUUUUUUGAAAGCCUUCAUACUGUUUGUGUUUUAUAUUGUGUGAACUCAGCUGGAAGGAAGAUGUUUGUUGGAUCUCUACACUCUUAGCACUGUUGUUGUUUACACAAAAGAGAGAACUAAAUUAGAAUGUUUAUUUUUUGUUACUGCUAAUUUGUUAUUCCCAUUAAUAUGUGUAUUAAUAUGUGCACUUUAGCUUUGAUCUGUGAAAUCCACUCAGCAGCUUCAUAUUUUAUUAAUAAAGUAGGAGGGUCAUUUUCUAUUUAUUUUCAACAGUUUUGACCGGUAUGUUUAAUGCUGUGAACAAGUUUAAAUAAAUGUCAAAACAUUAAAACAAUAAAAAAAAAAAACUAUUGCAA